AUGGGUGACCUGCAAAGGCUGCUUAAAGAAACCUCGGCUGAUAUCAAGGUCCACAUCGCCGCUGAACUUAAAAAACAAAUAAAGGCGCUCAAAGAUGACCUCGAGGCCCUCACCUCACACACAAGCCUGGCCGAAUACCACAUUACAGGUCUCACCCAAAGAAGAGCAGUGAGAAUUUUACACAGGUAA